AUGCGACGUGGAACGUCAGACAAAAAGAAACCACGCAUUGAGUGUCUCUACUCGGUUCUCACGGCUCUGCGAUACUAUGCAACAGGUAGUUUGUUUAGUGUUUUAGGAGAUGCUCAGGGUAUGUCUAGAAUGAUAGUUUCAAGGGUAAUUUCAGAUGUAUCAACGAGUAUUGCAAAUCAUGCAAACGAGUAUAUAAUAUUUCCAAACUCCAAUGCAGAGAAAAUUAAAGUAAUGCAAAAUUAUCACGAGUUAUCAAGGUUUCCCAAUAUUUUGGGUUGCAUUGAUGGAACUCAUGUUCCUAUUAGAACGCCUAAACAAGAUGAACAUUUGUAUGUCAACAGAAAGAACUUCCAUUCUAUAAAUGUACAAGGUGUGUGUGACUCCGACCUCAGAUUUACAAAUUUAGUGGCCAAGUGGCCUGGGAGUUCACAUGAUUCAUUUAUAUGGACAGACUCUGCUCUUUCGUUGAAGUUUGAAAGUGGUGAAAUAGGCGAAGGGUGGCUUCUUGGAGAUUCGGCAUACCCCCUCAGACCCUGGAUGCUGACCCCAUAUCUACAACCUUCCACACCUAGUGAAUUUCGAUACAAUACACGUCACAUGAAAGCGAGAAACACAAUCGAGCGCUGUUUUGGAGUGUGGAAAGGUCGUUUCCGAUGCCUUGAUAAAAGCGGUGGGCCUGUAUUAUUUGAUCCCACAAAAGCCUGCAAGCUGUGUUGCACAAUAUGUGCAUAA